AUGGGUAAGAAGCAGGAGAAAAAGACGGCCAAGGGUCGUCUCGACAAGUUCUAUUGGCUCGCAAAGGAGCAAGGUUACCGAUCCCGUGCCGCCUUCAAGCUGGUCCAGCUCAACAAGAAGUUCAACUUCCUCGAAAAAGCGAGAUGCUGUAUCGAUCUUUGUGCCGCUCCAGGUGGUUGGCUCCAGGUCGCCUCCAAGUUCAUGCCCGCCAACUCCCUCAUCGUCGGUGUCGAUCUCGUUCCCAUCAAACCCAUCCCCAGGACCAUCACUUUUGCCGAGGACAUCAACUCUUACAAGUGCAGAGACCAGCUGCGCCAGAUCCUCAAGGACUGGAAGGCAGACAUCGUCAUCCACGAUGGUGCUCCCAACGUUGGUACCGCUUGGGUGCAAGACGCCUACGCACAGUCCGAGCUCACCCUCCAGUCGUUGCGUCUUGCUGUCGAGUUUCUCAACGCAGGCGGCACCUUCGUCACAAAGGUCUUCCGCUCCAAAGAUUACAACAACCUUCUUUGGGUCUUCAACCAGCUCUUCAAAAAGGUUGAAGCCACAAAGCCCUCCUCCUCUCGUAACGUCUCGGCAGAAAUCUUCGUCGUCUGCCAAGGCUACAAGAACCCUGCCCGCAUCGACCCCAAGUUCCUCGACCCCCGCCACGUAUUCAAAGAGCUCGACCCUGCUGCGCUCUCCGUUGACGAUAAAGAAGCCGGCGUACCGCUCAGUCUCAAAGGCACAUCUGCCGGCAAUGCACACGCAAACGUAUUCGAACCCAAAAAGAUCCGCAGGAACCGUGAAGGUUACGCCGAUGGAGACUAUACCCUUUUCCACUCCCUCGACGCCAUGGACUUCAUCAAGGGUCAAGACGUCAUCGGCAUGCUCGGCUCCUACAAUCAAAUCACUUUCAACUCGGACGAGAGCAAGACGCUGCUACAGCUUCCAGAUACCACCGAUGAGAUGCGCGAGAACUGCACAGAUCUCAAAGUGCUCGGUAAGAAGGACUUCCGCAACCUCAUGAACUGGCGCAAGGAGGUGCGUCUCGCUCUUGGUCUCGACCUGCCCAAGUCGAGGCAAAAAGACCUCGCAGAGCAGACCGAAACCGUCGAGGUCGAAGACAUGGACGAAGACGAUCAGAUCGACGACGAGCUCGCGCGCCUCAACGAAGAGGCCGCCAGGAAAGCUCGCAAGGAGAGGCGUCGCAAGAACGAACUCCGUCAGAAAAAGAUCCUCAAGAUGCAGCUCCAGAUGACCACUCCCAUGGACAUUGGCAUGGAUGUCAUGGACGACCAAUUGGGCGCGGGCAACGGCGACAUGUUCGAUAUCGGCUCCGGCGAGAGAGUCUCAAAGAAGGCUCUGAUCCAGCAGGCCGACGUCUCAGAUGACGAGAGCGAGACCAUCGUCAGCUCUCAGCACGACGACGACGACGACCCGCAGGCACGAGCACAGCGUCUCGACGCCGAGAUGGAUGCGCUCUACGAUGAGUUCAAGCAGAAGCAGUCGGAGCGCGAUGCAAAGUUCCGCGCAAAGCAGGCACGCCUCAAAGACGCCAAAAAUGACUCCUGGCAUGGCAUCAAGGAUGACGAUGAGGAGAACGACGAUGACGACGAUGACGAAGCCAACAUGAGCGAUGAGAGCGAGGGCGGUUAUGAUCUCGUACAACGUCGCAAGGAGCAAGAAGAGACCUACGAUACCGAUGACGAGGAGGACGAAGAGGACGAACGCCUCGAGCGAGUUGCAACGCAACAAUCCAAGAAGAGGAAGCGUCCGAUUGCCGCUGCCAUCUCCGACAGUCCUGACGUAGACGCCAAGUCCUCCAAACGCUCGCUCAUCAACAGCCUUGUAAGCGAUGCAGAUGUCAGCACCCAGCAGAGCCGCGAAGCUUCUAUCUGGUUUGACAAUCCUCUGUUCAAAGACCUCGAUCUCGGCGCACAGGACGAACCAGCAAAUUUGGAAGAAGAAGAUGACGACGAGGAUGCUUGGGAAGAGGCUGAAGACGACGAUGAGGAAGACGAUGAGGAGAUGGCCAGUCAAGACGAGCAAUUUGAAGAUGAAGAGGAAGACGACUUCGAAGUCGUCCCUCAAGAUCAAGAAGAGGACGCCAUUCCCGACGACGAGUGGGACUUGAACGGGGAAGACGAAGAAGCAGGAAAGCAGAAGCGCAUACAGGAUCACGGCCUCGCCACCGCCGAAGCUGUCGCCCUCGCCCAAGCGCUCGUCAACCGUCAAAUCACAAGGGAGGAACUCGUGGACCAAGGGUUCUCCAAGAACAACUUUGUCGACAAGGACGGUCUUCCCACCUGGUUCCUCGACGACGAGCAGAAGCACUACAAGGCCAACAUCCCCAUCACCAAAGAGGCUAUGCAGGCGCUGCGCGAUCGCCAACGAGCGCUCGAUGCGCGACCCAUCAAGAAGAUCGCCGAAGCCAAGGCACGAAAGAAGAUGCGCACGCUUCGCCGACUCGAAAAGGCGCAGCAGAAGGCCGAGACGAUCAACGAGAACGAGGACAUUUCGGAAAAAGAAAAGUCCAACACCAUCAACAAGCUGCUCGCCAAAUCGGUCAAGGGCGGGCAGAAGAAGAAGGAGGUGCAGCUGGUGGUGGCCAGGGGUGUCAACCGUGGUCUCAAGGGCCGACCCAAGGGCACAAAGGGUCGCUACAAGAUGGUCGAUCCACGCAUGAAGAAGGAACUCCGCGCGUUCAAGAGGAAAGCCAAGCGCGACGGCAAAAAGCUCGGAUCUUCCAACUCCACGCCAAGAGUGCCCAAGGGUUACGGUCCACGCAACUGA